AUGGAGAACCCCCCCCAUAAUAAGCCUACAGGUUUUUUUCUAGAAGUGAUUAGGGGAUAUCCCUUCACAGCAGGGAAGAAGCCACCCUGUUAAAUAACUCUGAAGCCUAUUUGGCACAAUACUAAUAAAUAGGAUCCAGUCUUUAUCCAUAAGAGGGAAUCUGAUUUAAAGGGACCCUGUGCUGCUGUUUCUAGCCUGGAUUCAAACCGAUAGACACCAUUCCACUAUUGUAUCAACAAGGGUUGGGCUCAAUUCAAAUAGUCAAUUCAGGAAGUAAAACGCAAAUUACAAUUCAAUCAUUUAAUAAAAGGGCAUUUAUUUUCAAUGACUUCUUAAGAAAGUUUUUCCGAAUUUUAAAUUGAAAUCGUUUCCUGAAUUGACUGCCUCCAAGUCCACUAGAGCCCAACCCUUUGUACCAGCGUGGCUUCCAGGCUAGAUUGGUACCAGCGUGGUUUCCAGGCUAGAUUGGUACCAGCGUGGCUUCCAGGCUAGAUUGAUGCUGGCUUAAAAAGGCCCUUUAUAUCCAACCCAAAAAUCACUCAGCAGGGGCCCCCCUUUUUGGGGCUUGGGGGGGGCCACCAGUCAGGGCCCCCGGGUCUGGGUCUCUGGGGGAAAACCCCUUUUUUUUAAAAUCGGGCCCCUGCUUUUGGGUUUUCUGGGGGGGAAAACUCGUCAGGGCCCCCGCUUUGGGUUUUGGGGGGAAACCCCUCAGAGGGCCCCCGCCUUUUGGGGGCUCGGGGGGAAACCCCCAGUCAGGGCCCCCCCCUGGGUCUCUGGGGGGGGCCCCCUCAGGGCAGGGGCCCCCCUGCUCUGGGUUUUCUGGGGAAAAACCCCAGUCAGGGCCCCCGCUCUGGGUUUGGGGAACCAAAACAGGCAGGGCCCCUGUUUUGGGUUUUCUGGGGAAACCCCUAGUCAGGGCCCCCCCCCCAACCCGGGGUCUCUGGGGGGGGAACCAUCGUUUAGGGCCCCCGCUCUGGGGGCUCUGGGGGAAACCCCUCCGUCAGGGCCCCCUGCUCUGGGGGCUCUGGGGAAAACCCCUCAAAUCAGGGCCCUGGGUCUGGGGUUUGGGGGAACCACUCAGUCAGGGCCCCCGCCCCCGGGGGGCUCGGGGAAACACUAGUCAGGGCCCUGCUCGGGUCUCUGGGGAAACCACUUUAGUCAGGGCCCUGUCGGGUCUUGGGGGGGAAACCCCUCAGUUAGGGGGCCCCCGCUCUGGGUUCUGGGGAACCACUCAGUCAGGGCCCCCGCUCGGGGGCUUUGGGGAAACCCCUCAGUCCGGGGGUUUGCUUGGGGGGCUCUGGGGGAAACCCCUCAGUCCGGGCCCUGUCUGGGUCUCUGGGGAACCAAUCAGUCAGGGCCCCCGCUCGGGUUUCUGGGGGGGGAACCCCUCAUCAGGGGCCCCCCCCUUGGGGGCUUGGGGAAUCACUCGUCAGGGCCCCUGCUUGGGUCUUUUGGGGAAAACCCCUCAGCAGGGCCCCGCUCUGGGUUCUGGGGAACCCCUCAGUCGGGCCCGUCUGCUCUGGUGUCUCUUGGGGAACCACUCAGUCCAGGGCCCUGCUCUGGGUCUCUGGGUGAACCACUCAGUCCAGGGCCCUGCUCUGUGUCUCUGGGGAAUCACUCAACUCAGUAAGGGCCCCCUGCUCUGGGUCUCUGGGUGAACCACUCAGUCAGGGCCCACUGCUCUGGGUCUCUGGGGAACCACUCAGUCAGGGCCCCCUGCUCUGGGGUCUCUGGGGAAUCACUCAGUCAGGGCCCCUGCUCUGGGUCUCUGGGGAACCACUCAGUCAGGGCCCCUGCUCUGGGUCUCUGGGGAACCACUCAGUCAGGGCCCCUGCUCUGGGUCUCUGGGGAACCACUCAGUCAGGGCCCCUGCUCUGGGUCUCUGGGGAAUCACUCAGUCAGGGCCCCUGCUCUGGGUCUCUGGGGAACCCUUACCUCCGCCUCAGUCUCCAUGGUGCCAAAUGGACACACAGUUUAACACAGCAGAGCUUUUCAUUGUGGAUGAGACAGGUGACAGGGACAGCUAUCCUCUUAUUAAAACAGACACAAGUUCAGAGUUGAAUUGGAUAAGCGCUCUAAAGAAAAUAUUAAGUAUUUUGUAACGCCAUCAUUUAUUGUUAACAUAAAAUUGCUAUUCAGAUGUAGGCUUAUCUCACUAUAGAUUUUGUUAUUAUAAAUAAGAUGGUCAGGGUAUUGACCUUUGCAGAAUAGUGAAAACUAAAUUGAACCCGUUUUUUAAAUAAUUAUAAACACUUGUACAGUAAGGACAACAGAGAAAUGGUUUCAUUAUCAAAGGCCAUCUCUCUCUCUUCUCUUAAUAUAGUGUAGCAAUCCUCGCUAUAUGAGCCACAUUACAAUUCCCGCCAAGUGGGUUAACCCUAUUGGCGUAAGGUGUUUGAUUUUCAUGCCAGAGACCUGAGUUCGCUUCUUGCUCCCUCUGUUCUGGAUUAUGUUUGUUAUGUUUGAUAAAGACACCAACUUCCAAAGCCUUUGAUGUUUCCAGUGGUUUGAUCUCAGAUCUCUCUCUCCUCCUGCAACAAUGGCUCUUUCAGCUUGCCGCCUGUCUGUCUCACAUGCCGGGACACAGGUGAGGGAACCCAGUGUGGAAUAGGACCCAGGCUUUCACAUGAAUCCCUCUCUCCCACACAAAUCAAAUCAAAUCUAAUCAAAUGUUAUUGGCCACAUGCGCCGAAUACAACAGGUGCAGACAUUACAGUGAAAUGCUUACUUACAGCCCUUAACCAACAAUGCAUUUAUUUUUAAUAAAAAAGUAGAAUAAAACAAAAAAGUGUUGAGAAAAAAAGAGCAGAAGUAAAAUAAAAUAACAGUAGGGAGGCUAUAUAUACAGGGGGGUACCGGUGCAGAGUCAAUGUGCGGGGGCACCGGCUAGUUGAGGUAGUUGAAGUAAUAUGUACAUGUGGGUAGAGUUAAAGUGACUAUGCAUAAAUAAUUAACAGAGUAGCAGCAGCGUAAAAAGAUGGGGUGGGGGGGCAGUGCAAAUAGUCCGGGUAGCCAUGAUUAGCUGUUGAGUCUUAUGGCUUGGGGGUAGAAGCUGUUGAGAAGUCUUUUGGACCUAGACUUGGCACUCCGGUACCGCUUGCCGUGCGGUAGCAGAGAGAACAGUCUAUGACUAGGGUGGCUGGAGUCUUUGACAAUUUUGAGGGCCUUCCUCUGACACCGCCUGGUAUAGAGGUCCUGGAUGGCAGGAAGCUUGGCCCCAGUGAUGUACUGGGCCGUACACACUACCCUCUGUAGUGCCUUGCGGUCGGAGGCCAAGCAGUUGCCAUACCAGGCGGUGAUGCAACCGGUCAGGAUGCUCUCGAUGGUGCAACUGUAGAAUUUUUUGAGGAUCUGAGGACUCAUGCCAAAUCUUUUCAGUCUCCUGAGGGGGAAUAGGCUUUGUUGUGCCCUCUUCACGACUGUCUUGGUGUGUUUGGACCAUGAUAGUUCGUUGGUGAUGGAACUUGAAGCUCUCAACCUGUUCCACUACAGCCCCGUCGAUGAGAAUGGGGGCGUGCUCAGUCCUCUUUUUUUUUUCCUGUAGUCCACAAUCAUCUCCUUUGUCUUGGUCACGUUGAGGGAGAUGUUGUUAUCCUGGCACCACACGGCCAGGUCUCUGACCUCCUCCCUAUAGGCUGUCUCAUAGUUGUCGGUGAUCAGGCCUACCACUGUUGUGUCAUCGGCAAACUUAAUGAUGGUGUUGGUGUCGUGCCUGGCCAUGCAGUCAUGGGUGAACAGGGAGUACAGGAGGGGACUGAGCACGCACCUCUGAAGGGCCCCCGUGUUGAGGAACAGUGUGGCAGAUGUGUUGUUACCUACCCUUACCACCUGGGGGUGGCCCGUCAGGAAGUCCAGGAUCCAGUUGCAGAGGGAGGUGUUUAGUCCCAGGAUCCUUAUCUUAGUGAUGAGCUUUGAGGGCACUAUGGUGUUGAAUGCUGAGCUGUAGUCAAUGAAUAGCAUUCUCACAUAGGUGUUCCUUUUGUCCAGGUGGGAAAGGGCAGUGUGGAGUGCAAUAGAGAUUGCAUCAUCUGUGGAUCUGUUGGGGCGGUAUGCAAAUUGGAGUGGGUCUAGGGUUUCUGGGAUAAUGGUGUUGAUGUGAGCCAUGACCAGUCUUUCAAAGCACUUCAUGGCUACAGACGUCAGUGCUACGGGUCGGUAGUCAUUUAGGCAGGUUAUCUUAGAGUCCUUGGCACGGGGACUAUGGUGGUCUGUUUGAAACAUGUUGGUAUUACAAACUCAGUCAGGGACAUGUUGAAAAUGUCAGUGAAGACACUUGCCAGUUGGUCAGCACAUGCUCGGAGUACACGUCCUGGUAAUCCGUCUGGCCCUGCGGCCUUCGUGAAUGUUGACCUGCUUAAAAGUCUUACUCACAUCGGCUACAGAGAGCGUGAUCACACAGUCAUCCGGAACAGCUGGUGCUCUCAUUUAUGCUUCAGUGUUGCUUGUCUCGAAGCGAGCAUAGAAGUGGUUUAGCUCGUCUGGAAGUCUUGUGUCACUGGGCAGCUCACGGCUGUGCUUCCCUUUGUAGUCUGUAAUAGUUUUCAAGCCCUGCCACAUCCGACGAGCGUCAGAGCCGGUGAAGUAUGAUUCAAUCUUAGUCCUGUAUUGACUCUUUGCCUGUUUGAUGGUUCGUCGGAGGGCAUAGCAGGAUUUCUUAUAAGCGUCUGGGUUAGAGUCCCGCUCCUUGAAAGCGGCAGCUCUACCCUUUAGCUCAGUGCGGAUGUUGCCUGUAAUCCAUGGCUUCUGGUUGGGGUAUGUAUGUACGGUCACUGUGGGGACGACAUCAUCGAUGCACUUAUUGAUGAAGCCACCGUCGGAUCCUUACAAGGCACCCCGACCUACGUCCACGAUAUCUCCGUCUCUUCCUCAUGCGAAUGACGGGGAUUUGGGCCUUGUCGGGUGUCUGUAGGAUAUCCUUCGCUGCCGCCUCGUUGAAUAAAAAUUAUUCGUCCAAUACGAGGUGAGUAAUCGCUGUCCUGAUAUCCAGAAGCUCUUUUUGGUUAUAAGAGACGAUGGCAGAAACAUUAUGUACAAAAUAAAUUACAAAUAACGCGGAAAAACACACAUAAUAGUACAAUUGGUUAGAGGGCUGUAGAACGGCAGCCAUCUUCUCCGGCGCCAUUAUUAUUAUUUAGUAACAUGUUGCAAUUUGAUUGCUUUUUGAUGAUAUGGAAUCAUAAUCUCAAUUGUAGUAAGCCUGCCCUGCAUUAAUUAAAAAGUGGAAAUCAUUAAAUGGUGAUGCGCAUACAUUUUUUUUACAUACUCUUAUCCAGAGCGACUUACAGUUAGUGAGUGCAUACAUUAUUUAUUUUUCAUACUGCCCCCCCGUGGGAAUCGAACCCACAACCCCUGGCGUUGCAAACGCUAUGCUCUACCAACUGAGCUACAUCCUCAUUAAAUGGUGAUGCGCAUAUUCUCCUCAGCAGUACAGCAUCUGCGCAUGUGCGACAAAUUCAAACGUUAACAAAUUAUCCCAUUAUCUCACCCCAAAAAAGGUCUGAGUAAAUACAGAAUAGUAUUAUCAGUAAAAGCGGGUGAAAUGAAAUUGGUCCGCGCGCGCCUCAAAUUUGGAAGAGAAUAGAGCAAACAUUUUAUCGUGGUGGAAAGGUAAAGAUGUGAGGAAAGUUUGUUAUUUUAUAAGUUAUAAUGCUAGCCUACAGUUUUAUUAAUUACCAAAACAAUUUCCCAUAACGGAAGCCGAUAAAAAAAUAAUAAAAAUAAUUGCACAAAGGCCUUGAACAAAGUUGUGGCCAGCAGGGAAGCACCAUUAACAAGCUAUUCUUAUCGGAUCAUGUUGGCACAUUUUCCUAACAGUCCUGCACCUGGAAAUGAAGCUAAAUAUAGGCUACAGUUGUGUAGCAGUGGAUAUUAUCUGAUUAUUACAGUUGUGUAGCAGUGGAUAUUAUCUGAUUAUUACAGUUGUGUAGCAGUGGAUAUUAUCUGAUUACUAUAAGCACUUUCACAGAGUACAUUUGCACUUAGAAUGAAAGAAAAUGUCUGACAUGCCUUGUCCCAAAGAAACACAUCCAAUCUAUAUUAAUUGUUUUACCUUGAAUUUGAAAUCAUAUUGUAGAAAUCAUAUUGUAGUUGUGACACUGUCCAUAUGACAUUGUACACAGUAAAAUGCAGUGAAUGAAGUCUACUAUAGAAGCAUGUAGUCAAUGAAAUUACCUUGUAGUAUCCUGGACCCCUCUCCCUUCUGUCCUCUUCUUGGUUUAAAUAAUUAUCCCUAAUAUGACCAAGAGGUGACUCCUCCACGCCUGACAAACAACUCCCACAAGGUGAAUCAAUGAUUAGAUACACAAAACAAAAACCCCUUCAAGAACAAUAAGUCUUGGUUUGUGUGCCAAAUGGCACCCUAUUUCUUGCAUAGUGCACUAAGGGCUCUGAUCUAAAGUAGUGCACUACAUUUAGAAUAGGGUGCCAUUGGGGAUGAAGUCUUGAUAUUGUCUGAACCUGAACAGGUCCUGUAAUCUCUCUGGGACUUCGACCUGGCUCUAUCGCCUUGUAUUGUGUCACAACAGCUUAGCUCUAUGCCAUUGGGGAAACCAAAUGGCCAAAUGGUACCCUAUUCCCUAUCUAGUGCACUACUUUAGACCAGGGCCCAUAGCCAAAUGGCACCCUAUUCCCUAUCUAGUGCACUACUUUAGACCAGGGCCCAUAGCCAAAUGGCACCCUAUUCCCUAUCUAGUGCACUACUUUAGACCAGAGCCCAUAGCCAAAUGGCACCCUAUUCCCUAUCUAGUGCACUACUUUAGACCAGGGCCCAUAGCCAAAUGGCACCCUAUUCCCUAUGUAGUGCACUACUUUAGACCAGGGCCCAUAGACAAAUGGCACCCUAUUCCCUAUCUAGUGCACUACUUUAGACCAGAGCCCAUAGCCAAAUGGCACCCUAUUCCCUAUCUAGUGCACUACUUUAGACCAGGGCCCAUAGCCAAAUGGCACCCUAUUCCCUAUGUAGUACACUACUUUAGACCAGGGCCCAUAGCCAAAUGGCACCCUAUUCCCUAUCUAGUGCACUACUUUAGACCAGGGCCCAUAGCCAAAUGGCACCCUAUUCCCUAUCUAGUGCACUACUUUAGACCAGAGCCCAUAGCCAAAUGGCACCCUAUUCCCUAUCUAGUGCACUACUUUAGACCAGAGCCCAUAGCCAAAUGGCACCCUAUUCCCUAUCUAGUGCACUACUUUAGACCAGAGCCCAUAGCCAAAUGGCACCCUAUUCCCUAUCUAGUGCACUACUUUAGACCAGGGCCCAUAGCCAAAUAGCACCCUAUUCCCUAUGUAGUGCACUACUUUAGACCAGAGACCAUAGCCAAAUGGCACCCUAUUCCCUAUCUAGUGCACUACUUUAGACCAGAGCCCAUAGCCAAAUGGCACCCUAUUCCCUAUCUAGUGCACUACUUUAGACCAGGGCCCAUAGCCAAAUAGCACCCUAUUCCCUAUGUAGUGCACUACUUUAGACCAGGGCCCAUAGCCAAAUAGCACCCUAUUCUCUAUGUAGUGCACUACUUUAGACCAGAGCCCAUAGCCAAAUGGCACCCUAUUCCCUAUGUAGUGCACUACUUUAGACCAGGGCCCAUAGCCAAAUGGCACCCUAUUCCCUAUCUAGUGCACUACUUUAGACCAGGGCCCAUAGCCAAAUGGCACCCUAUUCCCUAUCUAGUGCACUACUUUAGACCAGAGCCCAUAGCCAAAUGGCACCCUAUUCCCUAUCUAGUGCACUACUUUAGACCAGAGCCCAUAGCCAAAUGGCACCCUAUUCCCUAUCUAGUGCACUACUUUAGACCAGAGCCCAUAGCCAAAUGGCACCCUAUUCCCUAUCUAGUGCACUACUUUAGACCAGGGCCCAUAGCCAAAUAGCACCCUAUUCCCUAUGUAGUGCACUACUUUAGACCAGAGACCAUAGCCAAAUGGCACCCUAUUCCCUAUCUAGUGCACUACUUUAGACCAGAGCCCAUAGCCAAAUGGCACCCUAUUCCCUAUCUAGUGCACUACUUUAGACCAGGGCCCAUAGCCAAAUAGCACCCUAUUCCCUAUGUAGUGCACUACUUUAGACCAGGGCCCAUAGCCAAAUAGCACCCUAUUCUCUAUGUAGUGCACUACUUUAGACCAGAGCCCAUAGCCAAAUGGCACCCUAUUCCCUAUGUAGUGCACUACUUUAGACCAGGGCCCAUAGCCAAAUGGCACCCUAUUCCCUAUCUAGUGCACUACUUUAGACCAGAGCCCAUAGCCAAAUGGCACCCUAUUCCCUAUGUAGUGCACUACUUUAGACCAGGGCCCAUAGCCAAAUGGCACCCUAUUCCCUAUCUAGUGCACUACUUUAGACCAGAGCCCAUAGCCAAAUGGCACCCUAUUCCCUAUCUAGUGCCAUUUGGGACGCAGCCAACGCCAGUUGAAAGUACAGCAGGACUAAGGAAUGCACACUACAUGGCCAAAUGAGUGGAUUCAGCUAUUUCAGUCACACCCCGUUGCAGACAGGUGUAUAAAAUCGAGGACACAGCCAUGCAAUCUCCAUAGACAAACAUUGGCAGUAGAAUGGCCUGUACUGAAGAGCUCAGUGACUUUCAACGUGGCACCGUCAUAGGAUGCCUCCUUUUCAACAAGUCAGUUUGUCAUAUUUCUGCCCUGCUAGAGCUGCCCCGGUCAACUGUAAGUGCUGUUAUUGUGAAGUGGAAACGUCUAGGAGCAACAACGGCUCAGCCGCGAAGUGGUAGGCCACACAAGCUCACAGAACGGGACCGCCGAGUACGCGUAUAUAUGUGUUUUUUUGUACAUAGUCCCCAUUUUACCAAAAGUAUUGGGACAAAUUCACAGUGCAUUAUAUUGUGUUAUUUUAUAGUUUUUUUAAACUUCAGUUUAUUAUAUUUUUUAUAAACGUUUUUAGCAAAUAUUUUCUUACUUAAAAAAAAACUCUGCAUUGUUGGUUAAGGGCUUGUAAGUAAGCAUUUCACCUGUUGUAUUCGGCACAUGUGACAAAUAUAAUUUGAUUUGAUUUUAAGCACUAUUAUUGCACACAGAGUGAGUCCAUGCAACUUAUUAUGUGACUUGUUAAGCAAAUCUUUUACUCCUGAACUUAUUUAGGCUUGCCAUAACAAAAGGGUUGAAUACUUAUUGACUGAAGACAUUUCAGCUUUUCAUUUUAUUGUGGGGUAAUUGUGUGUAGGCACAAAAUGUAAAUGUAAUCUAUUUUAAAUUCAGGCUGUAACACAACAAAAUGUGGGGAAAAAGUCAAGGGGUGUGAAUCCUUUCUGAAGACACUGUAUCUUGUGGACGUGCUUCAAAUCACACAGCAGAGCUGGUUUUAUGAUGCUAUUUGCUUUAGCCAGCAUUGUCUGAGAAAGCUAGGGACGUUCCAUGCUGUGCUUACCUUCCAAGCCACAGCAGAGUGGUAGCUGCAGCAACAAGAAAACAGGCAUCACUCCAACAGGCAUCACUCCAACAGGCAUCACUCCGACAGGCAUCACUCCGACAGGCAUCACUCUGACAGGCAUCACUCUGACAGGCAUCACUCCGACAGGCAUCACUCCGACAGGCAUCACUCCGACAGGCAUCACUCCGACAGGCAUCACUCCAACAGGCAUCACUCCAACAGGCAUCACUCCGACAGGCAUCACUCCAACAGGCAUCACUUCGACAGGCAUCACUCCAACAGGCAUCACUCCAACAGGCAUCACUCCAACAGGCAUCACUCCGACAGGCAUCACUCCGACAGGCAUCACUCCAACAGGCAUCACUCCGACAGGCAUCACUCCAACAGGCAUCACUCCGACAGGCAUCACUCCAACAGGCAUCACUCCAACAGGCAUCACUCCAACAGGCAUCACUCCAACAGGCAUCACUCCAACAGGCAUCACUCUAACAGGCAUCACUCCAACAGGCAUCACUCCAACAGGCAUCACUCCGACAGGCAUCACUCCAACAGGCAUCACUCUGACAGGCAUCACUCCAACAGGCAUCACUCCAACAGGCAUCACUCUGACAGGCAUCACUCUGACAGGCAUCACUCUGACAGGCAUCACUCCGACAGGCAUCACUCCAACAGGCAUCACUCCGACAGGCAUCACUCCGAGGGCCAGCCGCGCUGAGAUUGACAUGCAUAUUAUUAAUGUUUGCUCUCUGUGUGCAUCCAAGGGCCAGCCGUGCUGCCCUGUUCUGAGCCAAUAGCAAUUUUCCUAAGUCCCUCUUUGUGGCACCUGACCACACGACUGAACAGUAGUCCAGGUGCAACAAAACUAGGGCCUGUAGGACCUGCCUUGUUGAUAGUGCUGUUAAGAAGGUAGAGCAGCGCUUUAUUAUGGACAGACUUCUCCCCAUCUUAGCUACUGUUGUAUCAUUAUGUUUUGACCAUGACAGUUUACAAUCCAUGGAUACUCCAAGCAAGUUAGUCUCCUCAACUUGCUCCAUUUCCACAUUAUUCAUUACAAGAUGUAAUUGAGGUUUAGGGUUUAGUGAAUGAUUUGACCCAAAUACAAUGUUUUUUGUUUUUGAAAUAUUUAGGAUUAACUUAUUCCUUGCCACCCAUUCUGAAACUAACUGCAGCUCUUUGUUAAGUGUUGCAGUAAUUUCACUCGCUGUAGUAGCUGACGUGUAUAGUGUUGAGUCAUCCGCAUACAUAGACACACUGGCUUUACUCAAAGCCAGUGGCAUGUCGUUAGUAAAGAUUGAAAAAGGUAAGGGGCCUAGACAGCUGUCCUGGGGAAUUCCUGAUUCUACGUAGAUUUUGUUGGAGAGGCUUCCAUUAAAGAACACCCUCUGUGUUCUGUUAGAUAGGUAUUUGUAUUUUGUAUUUAUUACGGAUCCCCAUUAGCGGCUGCCAAGGCAGCAGCUACUCUUCCUGGGGUCCAACCACAGUUUACAUACAAUAAAACAAUACAUAUGUCACGAUCGUCGUAUUGAAUAGACCAAGGCGCAGCGUGAUGAACGAACAUGGUUAACUUUAUUAUCUUUAGGGAUAAUAGAAACAACAAUCAACAAAACAACAAACGACUCGUAACGUCCUCGGUAACAAUGACCAAACCAACUGGAACAAGAACCCACAAACACAAAGGGAAAACAGACAAUUUAAAUAUGGCUCCCAAUCAGAGACAACCAACGACAGCUGACACUCGUUGCCUCUGAUUGGGAGUCACUCUAGCCAACAUAGAAAUAAACACAACUAGAACUACCAACAUAGAAAUCUAACACAUAGAAUGAACACACCCUGGCUCAACAUAUAGAGUCCCAGAGCCAGGGUGUGACAGUACCCCCCCCUAAAGGCGCGGACUGCGACCGCACCUCAACUUGAACAAAACAGGGGAGGGCUGGGUGGGCAUACCUCCUCGGCGGUGGUUCUGGCUCCGGCCUUGCCCACCACCCUCCAAUAAACCCCCCAUAGCGCCCCUGGUCCAGUCUGGCCCCGCUGGCUGGAGCUGAACUGGACUUAGCAGGAGCGGUUAGCUUCAGCUCCGUAGUGGAGCAGUUGACCGGGACCUUACCAGGCACCGGUGACCCAGGCACGGGUUGUGCUGGACUGACGACGCGCACCCCUGGCUUGGUGCGUGGAGGAGGAACGGGCCUUACCAGGCUGACGACUCGCACCCCUGGCUUGGUGCGUGGAGGAGGAACGGGCCUUACCAGGCUGACGACGCACACCGUAGGCUUGGUGCGUGGAGCAGGGACAGGCCGGGCUGGGCUGGCGACGCACACCGUAGUCUUGGUGCGUGGAGCAGGGACAGGCCGGACUGGGCUGGCGACGCACACCGUAGGCUUGGUGCGUGGAGCAGGGACAGGCCGGGCUGGGCUGGCGACGCACACCGUAGGCUUGGUGCGUGGAGCAGGGACAGGCCGGACCGGGCUGGCGACGCACACCGUAGGCUUGGUGCGUGGAGCAGGGACAGGCCGGGCUGGGCUGGCGACGCACACCGUAGGCUUGGUGCGUGGAGCAGGGACAGGCCGGACUGGGCUGGCGACGCACACCGUAGGCUUGGUGCGUAGAGCAGGGACAGGCCGGACUGGGCUGGCGACGCACACCGUAGGCUUGGUGCGUGGAGCAGGGACAGGCCGGACUGGGCUGGCGACGCACACCGUACACUUGGUGCGAGGGGCCGGAACAGGCCGGACCGUACUGGGGACACACACCACUGGCUCUACCUCGGGAUCUGGAACGGGCCGGACCGGACUGGUAACACACCCCAGUACCUCUCGCCGUGCCUCUACACCUUCCUUCCCUACUUUGACCAGUGGCCCCCGUAACCUGGUGGCCUUCUGAAUCCGCCCCUUUUCUGCCUCCGUCAGCCCCGUCGUCCAUGCCGUGUGCCCCCCCCUAAAAAUGUUCUGGGGUUGCCUCUCGCCUGUCCGACGUUGACACUGCUGACGCCGCUGCUCCUCUCGCGCCAGGGCCUUAAUCCUAGCCCAUGGCCCUUUUCCCCCGAGCAUGUCCUCCCAGGACCACACUUUGCCCACCUGGGCCAUCGCCAACCUCUCCAUCUCCUUUCCCGGCGCUUCCUCCCAUGUCCAGUCCAAGAUCUGCCCCUGGACACGCUGCUUGGUCCUUGUAUGGUGGGUUCUUCUGUCACGAUCGUCGUAUUGAAUAGACCAAGGCACAGCGUGAUGAACGAACAUGGUUAACUUGACUUUCUUUAGUGAUAAUAGAAACAACAAUCAACAAAACAACAAACGACUCGUAACAUCCUCGGUAACAAUGACCAAACCAACUGGAACAAGAACCCACAAACACAAAGGGAAAACAGACAAUUUAAAUAUGGCUCCCAAUCAGAGACAACCAACGACAGCUGACACUCGUUGCCUCUGAUUGGGAGUCACUCUAGCCAACAUAGAAAUAAACACAACAGAAUGAACACACCCUGGCUCAACAUAUAGAGUCCCAGAGCCAGGGUGUGACAACAUAACACAAUACCUUAUUACACACUACUCUACCAUAACAUAUUUACAAUACAAAAUCAAUAAUACAGCAAAAUAACCAUAUUAAAUUGUGUGUGUUUAGAGUGCGUGUGUUAGCAUGUGUUUGUGAAUGCUGUGUGUGUGUGUCUCUUCACAGUCCGCGCUGUUCCAUGAAGUGUAGUUUAAUCUGUUUUUUAAAUCUGAUUUUACUGCUUAACUGAGUUACUUGAUGUGGAAUAGAGUUCUAUGUAGUCAUGGCUCUAUGUAGUACUGUGCGCCUCCCAUAGUCUGUUCUGGACUUGGGGACUGUGAAGAGACCUCUGGUGGCAUGUCUCGUGGGGUAUGCAUUGGUGUCCGAGCUGUGUGCCAGUAGUUCAAACAGACAGCUUGGUACAUUCAGCUUGUCUACACCUCUUAAAAAAACAAGCAGUGAUGAAGUCAAUCUCUCUUCCACUCUAAGCCAGGAGAGACUAACAUGCAUGUCGUUAAUUUUAGCUCUCUGUGUACUUUUAAGGGCCAGCCGUGCUGCCCUGUUCUGAGCCAACUGUAAUUUUCCUAAGUCCCUCUUUGUGGCACCUGACCACACUACUGAACAGUAGUCCAGGUGCGACAAAACUAGGGCCUGUAGGACCUGCCUUGUUGAUAGUGUUGUUAAGAAGGCAGAACAACGCAUAAUUAUGGACAUACAUCUCCCCAUCUUAGCUACUGUUGUAUCAAUAUGCUUUGACCAUGACAGUUUACAAUCCAGGGUUACUCCAAGCAGUUUAGUCACCUCAACUUGCUCAAUUUCCACAUUAUUCAUUACGAGAUGUAGUUGAGGUUUAGGGUUUAGUGAAUGAUUUAACCCAAAUUCAAUGCUUUUAGUUUUUGAAAUAUUUAGGACUAACUUAUUCCUUGCCACCCAUUCCAAAACUAACUGCAACUCUUUAUUAAGUGUUGCACUUAUUUCAGUUGCUGUAGCAGCUGACGUGUACAGUCAUGGUCAAAAGUUUUGAGAAUGACACAAAUAUUAAUUUUCACAAAGUCUGCUGCCUCAGCUUUUAUGAUGGCAAUUUGCAUAUACUUCAGAAUGUUAUGAAGAGUGAUCAGAUGAAUUGCAAUUAAUUGCAAAGUCCCUCUUUUCCAUGAAUAUGAACUUAAUCCCCAAAAAACAUUUCCACUGCAUUUCAGCCCUGCCACAAAAGGACCAGCUGACAUCAAGUCAGUGAUUCUCUCGUUAACACAGGUGAGAGUGCUGAUGAGGACAAGGCUGGUGUCACGAUCGUCGGGAACAGAGGAGGACCAAGGCGCAGCGUUGAAGGCGAACAUACUCUUUUAUUAGUGAUUACACGAACAAAGCAACAAAACGAUAACGUGACGUCCACGGUCUAACACAAACCACACUGGAACAAGAUCCCACAAACCACUGUGGCAAACAGACUGAAUAAAUAUGGUUCCCAAUCAGAGACAACUAGCAACAGCUGACACUAGUUGCCUCUGAUUGAGAACCACUCUGGUCAACAUAGAAAUACACCAACUAGAAACAAGGAAACUCACACCCUGGCUCAACAUACAAGUGUCCCCAGAGCCAGGGCGUGACAGCUGGAGAUCACUUUGUCAUGCUGAGUGAGUUAGAAUAACAGACUGGAAGCUUUAAAAGAAGGGUGGUGCUUGAAAUCAUUGUUCUUCCUCUGUUAACCAUGGUUACCUGCAAGGAAACACGUGCUGUCAUCAUUGCUUUGCACAAAAAGGGCUUCACAGGCAAGGAUAUUGCUGCUAGUAAGAUUGCACCUAAAUCAACCAUUUAUCGGAUCAUCAAGAAAGGCUUCAGGGCGCCCAAGAAAGUCCAGCAAGCGCCAGGACGUCUCCUAAAGUUGAUUCAGCUGCGGGAUCGGGGCACCACCAGUGCAGAGCUUGCUCAGGAAUGGCAGCAGGCAGGUGUGAGUGCAUCUGCAUGCACAGUGAGGCAAAGACUUUUGGAGGAUGGCCUGGUGUCAAGAAGGGCAGCGAGGAAGCCACUUCUCUCCAGGAUGAAUGAAUGAAUCCCUUUUCCGAUUGUUUGGGGCAUCCGGAAAAAAGCUUGUCCAUAGAAGACGAGGUGAGCGCUACCAUCAGUCCUGUGUCAUGCCAACAGUAAAGCAUCCUGAGACCAUUCAUGUGUGGGGUUGCUUCUCAGCCAAGGGAGUGGGCUCACUCACAAUUUUGCCUAAGAACACAGCCAUGAAUAAAGAAUGGUACCAACACAUCCUCCGAGAGCAACUUCUCCCAACCAUCCAAGAACAGUUUGGUGACGAUCAAUGCCUUUUCCAGCAUGAUGGAGCACCUUGCCAUAAGGCAAAAGUGGCCAGGAAACUCCCCAGACCUUAAUCCAAUUGAGAACUUGUGGUCGAUCCUCAAGAGGUGGGUGGACAAACAAAAACCCACAAAUUCUGACAAACUCCAAGCAUUGAUUAUGCAAGAAUGGGCUGCCAUCAGUCAGGAUGUGGCCCAGAAGUUAAUUGACAGCAUGCCUGGGCGGAUUGCAGAGUUCUUGAAAAAGAAGGGUCAACACUGAAAAUAUUGACUCUUUGCAUAAACUUAAUGUAAUUGUCAAUAAAAGCCUUCGACACUUAUGGAAUGCUUGUAAUUAUACUUCAGUAUACCAUAGUAACAUCUGACAGAAAUAUCUAAAAACACUGAAGCAGCAAACUUUGUGUAGACCAAAACUUUUGACCAUGACUGUAUAGUGUUGAGUCAGUGACAUGUCGUUAGUAAAGAUGGAAAAAAGUAAGGGUCCUAGACAGCUGCCCUGGGGAAUUCCUGAUUCUACCUGGAUUAAGUUUGAGAGGCUUCCAUUAAAUAACUCCCUCUGUGUUCUGUUAGACAAGUAACUCUUCAUCCACAUUAUAGCAGGGGGUGUAAAGCCAUAACACAUAUGUUUUUCCAACAGCAGACUAUGAUCGAUAAUGUCAAAAAACGCACUGAAGUCUAACAAAACAGCCCCCACAAUCUUUUUAUCAUCAUUUCUCUCAGCCAAUCAUCAGUCAUUUGUGUAAGUGCUGUGCCUGUUGAAUGUCCUUCCCUAUAAUCGUGCUGAAAUUUUGUUGUCGAUUUGUUUACAGUAAAAUAGCAUUGUAUCUGGUCAAACACAAUUUUUUCCAAAAGUUUACUAAGGGUUGGUAACAGGUUGAUUGGUCGGCUAUUUGAGCCAGUAAAGGGGGCUUUACAAUUCUUAGGUAGUGAAAUGACUUUUGCUUCCCUCCAGGCCUGAGGGCACACAGUUUCUAGUAGGCUUAAAUUGAAGAAAAGUCAAAUAGGAGUGGCAAUAUUGUCUGCUAUUAUCCUCAGUAAUUUUCCAUCCAAGUUGUCAGACCCCGGUGGCUUGUCAUUGUUUUUAGACAACAAUAUUAUUUUCACCUCUUCCAGACUUACUUUACGGAAUUCAAAAUGUCAAUGCUUGUCUUUCAUAAUUGGGUCAGAUAUACUUGGAUGUGUAGUGUCAGCGUUUGUUGCUGGCAUGUCAUGCCUAAGUUUACUAAUCUUGCCAAUAAUAAUAAAAUAAUUAAAGUAGUUGGCAAUAUCAGUGGGUUUUGUGAUGAAUGUGUCAUCUGAUUAAAUGAAUGAUGGAGCAGAGUUUGCCUUCUUGCCCAAAAUUUCAUUUAUGGUGCUCCAAAGCUUUUUCCUAUCAUUCAUCUUUGUUUCAUAGUAUAGUUUCUUCUUCUUUUUAUUCAGUUUAGUCACAUGAUUUCUCAAUUUGCAAUACGUUUGCCAAUCGGUUGUGCAGCCAGACUUAUUUGCCAUUCCUUUUGCCUCAUCCCUCUCAACCAUACAAUUUUAAAAUUACUCAUCAAUCCACUGGGAUUUAACAGUUUUUACAGUCAUUUUCUUAAUGGGUGCAUGCUUAUUAGUAACUGGAAUAAGCAAUUUCAUAAAUGUGUCAAUUGCAGCAUCUGGUUGCUCGUCAUUACACACAAAUAUUCUUCACAUCAACAAGAUAGGAAUCAGUACAGAACUUAACUGGUAACGUGGUAUAACGUGUUAAAUGGUAACGUGGUAUAAUGUGUUAAAUGGUAACGUGGUAUAACGUGUUAAAUGGUAACGUGUUAUAACGUGUUAAAUGGUAACGUGUUAUAACGUGUUAAAUGGUAACGUAUUAUAACGUGUUAAAUGGUAACGUGUUAUAACGUGUUAAAUGGUAACGUGGUAUAACGUGUUAAAUGGUAACGUGUUAUAACCUGUUAAAUUUUAACGUGGUAUAACGUGUUAAAUGGUAACGUGUUAUAACGUGUUAAAUGGCAUCUAGCUCUUUCUAAAGGCUUCUGUAUGAAUGACAAAAACCGACACUACCAAUGCCCCUCGCAUCAACCUGUACGCAGGGCACGGUGAGUUUUUUAAAUGUAUUAAUUUGACUGCAUUUCAAAUCAUUAACAUAACACAAAGUUGAACAACUUCAGUGGUCAUAAAGUAGUUCUGUUUGGCUCAGGCAGUAGAUCAUGGCAUGUAACGCCAAGGGUUGUGGGUUCAAUUCCCGCUGGGGACACAUUUACAUUUACGUCAUUUAGCAGACGCUCUUAUCCAGAGCGACUUACAGUUAGUGAGUUCAUACAUUAUUAUUUUUUUAUAUAUUAUUUUCAUACUGGCCCCCCGUGGGAAUCGAACCCACAACCCUGGCGUUGCAAACACCAUGCUCUACCAACUGAGCUACAUCCCUGCCGGCCAUUCCCUCCCCUACCCUGGACAACGCUGGGCCAAUUGUGCGCCGUCACAUGGGUGUCCCGGUCGCGGCCGGCUACGACAGAGCCUGGAUUCGAACCAGGAUCUCUAGUGGCACCCAUAUAUAAAAUGUAUGAAGGCAUGUCUGUAAGUCGCUUUUUACAAAAAGUAUGCUAAAUGCUAAUUGCUAAUUGAUAGAUGGCUAGAAAUGGAUGGAUAACGACUUAUUCCAGGUUUGGAGCUGUAUCAGUAUAAUGGAAUCAUGGCUCUGCUCCAGGUCCAGAAUGACUACCUCUCCAUGCACUGUCUCUGGCUGGUCUACACUGUCUCUGGCUGGUCUACACUGUCUCUGGCUGGUCUACACUGUCUCUGGCUGGUCUACACUGUCUCUGGCUGGUCUACACUGUCUCUGGUUGGUCUACACUGUCUCUGGCUGGUCUACACUGUCUCUGGCUGGUCUACACUGUCUCUGGCUGGUCUACACUGUCUCUGGCUGGUCUACACUGUCUCUGGCUGGUCUACACUGUCUCUGGCUGGUCUACACUGUCUCUGGUUGGUCUACACUGUCUCUGGCUGGUCUACACUGUCUCUGGCUGGUCUACACUGUCUCUGGCUGGUCUACACUGUCUCUGGCUGGUCUACACUGUCUCUGGCUGGUCUACACUGUCUCUGGCUGGUCUACACUGUCUCUGGUUGGUCUACACUGUCUCUGGUUGGUCUACACUGUCUCUGGCUGGUCUACACUGUCUCUGGCUGGUCUACACUGUCUCUGGUUGGUCUACACUGUCUCUCCUAAACCCUCUCUAAGACCCAGUACCACCACUACUCUCCUAAACCCUCUAUAAGACCCAGUACCACCACUACUCUCCUAGACCCUCUCUAAGACCCAGUACCACCACUACUCUCCUAGACACUCUCUAAGACCCAGUACCACCACUACUCUCCUAGACACUCUUAAAGACCCAGUACCACCACUGUCUCUCCUAGAACUUAGGGAAUGAUUUGUACCAAAUACAAUGCUCUUAUUUUUAGAGAUGUUCAGGACCAGUUUAUUAGUGGCCACCCAUUCCAAAACAGAUUGCAACUCUUUGUUAAGGGUUUCAGUGACUUCAUUAGCUGUGGUUGCUGAAGCAUAUAUGGUUAAAUAAUCAGCAUACAUGGACACACAUGCUUUUUUUAAUGCCAGUGGCAGGUCAUUGGUAAAAAUAGAAAAGAGUAGAGGGCCUAGAGCGCUGCCCUGCGGUACACCACGCUUUACAUGUUUGACAUUAGAGAAGCUUCCAUUAAAGAAAACCCUUUGAGUUCUAUUAGAUAGAUAGCUCUGAAUCCACGAUAUGGCAGGGGUUGAAAAGCCAUAACACAUACGUUUUUUCAACAACAGGUUAUGGUCAAUAAUAUCAAAGGCUGCACUGAAAUCUAACAGUACAGCUCCCACAAUCUUCUUAUUUUCAAUUUAUUUCAACCAAUCAUCAGUAAUUUGUGUCAGUGCAGUACAUGUUGAAUGGCCUUCCCUAUAAGCAUGCUGAAAGUCUGUUGUUAAUGUGUUUUCCAGAGAAAUAAGCAUUGUAUUUGGUCAAACACAUUUCUUUCCAACAGUUUGCUAAGAGCUGGCAGCAAGCUGAUAGGUCUGCUGUUAGAACCAGGAAAGGCCUCUUUAACCACUCUUGGGUAGUGGAAUGACUUUGGCUUCCCUCCAGGCCUGAGGACAAAGACUUUCCUCUAGGCUCAGAUUAAAGAUAUGACAGAUAGGAGUGGCUAUAGAGUCAGCUAACCAUCCUCAGUAGCUUUCCAUCUAAGUUGUCAAUGCCAGGAGGUUUGUCAUUAUUGAUCGAUAACAAUAAUUGUUCCACCUUGCAAUGCUUUUCUUUCAUUAUUUGUUUUUUUAUGCAUGAGUACGACGGCUCACUGUUUGUUGUUGGCAUUUCCUGCCUAAGUUUGCCCACUUUGCCAAUGAAGUAAUCCUUAAAAUAAUUGGCAACAUCAAAUGGUUUUGUGAUGAAUAAGCCAUCUGAUUCAAUGAAAGAUGGAGUUGAAUUUGUCUUUCUGACAUAAUUUCAUUUAAAGUACUUCAAAGUUUUUUUUCCAUCAUUCCUUAUAUCAUUGAUCUUGGCUUCAUAAUACUGUUUAUUCUUCUUUUUGUUGAGUUUAGUCACAUAAUUUCUCAAUUUGCAGUAAGUCAGCCAGUCAGAUGUGCAGCCAGUCUUAUUAGCCACUCCUUUUGCCCCGUCUCUUUCAACCAGACAGUUUUUCAAUUCCUCAUCAAUCCACGGAGCCUUAACAGUUCUAACAGUCAGUUUCUUAACAGGUGCAUGUUUAUCAAUAAUUGGAAGAAGCAAUUUCCUAAAUUCAUCAAGUGCAGCAUCUGGAUGCUCCUUAUUAAUCACAUCAGACCAACAAAUAUUUGUAACAUCAUCCACAUAAGAGUCACAGCAAAAUAUUUUGUAUAAUCUCUUAGCCGAUGUGAGCCUUUAAACAGGUCAACGUUCACAAGGCCGCAGGGCCAGACGGAUUACGAGGACGUGUACUCAGAGCAUACGCGGACCAACUGGCAAGUGUCUUCACUGACAUUUUCAACCUCUCCCUGACCGAGUCUGUAAUAACUACAUGUUUCAAGCAGACCACCAUAGUCCCUGUGCCCAAGAAAGCGAAGGUAACCUGCCUAAAUGACUACCGCCCCGUAGCCAUGAACUGCUUUGAAAGACUGGUCAUGAUUCACAUUAAUACCAUCAUCCCGGAAACCCUAGACCCACUCCAAUUCGCAUACCACCCCAACAGAUCCACAGAUGACGCAAUCUCAAUCGCAAUCCACACUACCCUUCCCCACCUGGACAAAAGGAACACCUACGUGAGAAUGCUGUUCAUCGACUACAGCUCAGCGUUCAACACCAUAGUGCCCUCAAAGCUCAUCACUAAGCUAAGGACCCUGGGACUAAACACCUCCCUCUGCAACUGGAUCCUGGACUUCCUGAUGGGCCGCACCAGGUGGUAAGGGUAGGCAACAACACAUCUGCCACGCUCACCCUCAACACGGGGGCCCCUCAGGGGUACGUGCUUGGUCCCCUCCUGUACUCCCUGUUCAUCCAUGACUUCGUGGCCAAGCACGACUCCAACACCAUCAUUAAGUUUGCUGAAAACACAACGGUGGUAGGCCUGAUCACCGACAACGAUGAGAAAGCCUAUAGGGAGGAGGUCAGAGACCUGGCAGUGUGGUGCCAGAAAAACAACCUCUCCCUCAACGUGAGCAAGACAAAGGAGAUCAUCGUGGACUACAGGAAAAGGAGGGCCGAACACGCCCCCAUUCACAUCCACAGGGCUGUAGUGGAGCGGGUCAAGAGUUUCAAGUUCCUUGGUGUCCAAACACACCAAGACAGACGUGAAGAGGGCACGACAAAGCCUAUUCCCCCUCAGGAGACUGAAAUGAUUUGGCAUGGGUCCCCAGAUCCUCAAAAAGUUAUACAGCUGCACCAUCAAGAGCAUCCUGACUGGUUGCAUCACCGCCUGGUAUGGCAACUGCUCGGCCUCCGACCGCAAGGCGCUACAGAGGGUAGUGCGUACGGCCCAGUACAUCACUGGGGCCAAGCUUCCUGCCAUCCAGGACGUAUUACCAUGGCGGUGUCAGAAGAAGGCCCAAAAAAUUGUCAAAUACUCCAGUCACCCUAGUCAUAGACUGUUCUCUCUGCUACCGCACAGCAAGCGGUACCGGAACGCCAAGUCUAGGUCCAAAAGGCUCCUUAACAGCUUCUACCCCCAAGCCAUAAGACUGCUGAACAAUGAAUCAAAUGGCCACCCGGACUACCCGCUGUUUAUUAUCUAUACAUAGUCACUUUACCCCUACCUACAUGUACACAUUACCUUGACUAACCUGUACCCCCGAUCAUUGACUCGGUAUCGGUACCCCCUGUAUAUAGCCUCGUUAUUGUUAUUUUAUUGUUACUUUUAUUUUUAUUUUUUUACUUUAGUUUAUUUAGUAAAUAUUUUCUUGAACUGCAUUGUUGGUUAAGAAAUUUGGAACCACCAAGGCACUGGGGAGAAGGGCGACCAACAACCCGAUGGUUACUCUGACAGUGUCACGCCCUGACUCUAGGACUCGUAUUUGUUGAGUCAGGGUGUGGAUUUUCUGUGUCGUGUUGUGCUAUGUUUAUUGUCUAUGGUUAGAUCUUGUAUGUAUAGAUCUAUGUUGGCCAGGGUGGUUCCCAAUCAGAGGCAGCUGUAGCUCGUUGUCUCUGAUUGGGGACCAUACUUAGGUAGCCUGUUGGCACUAGUGGGUUGUGGGAUCUUGUUCCGUGUAAGGUAUGUUGUGUGUAUGCUACCUUGGACGUUUCAUUUCGUUGUUUUGUCGUGGUGUUUAUUCGUUAAAUAAACAUGUAUGCUUAUCACGCUGCGCCUUGGUCCUUCUCGUUCGUAAACGAUUGUGACAGACAGAGCUCCAAAGUUCCUCUUUAGAGAUGAGAGAAUUUUCCAGAAGGACAACCGUCUCUGCAGCACUCCACCAAUCAGGCCUUUAUGGUAGAGUGGCCAGAUGGAAGCCACUCCUCAGUAUAAGGCACAUGACAGCCCACUUGGAGUUUGCCAAAAGGCAACUAAAGACUCUCAGACCAUGAAAAACAAGAUUAUCUUGUCUGAUGAAACCAAGAUUGAACUCUUUGGCCUGAAUGUCAAGCAUCAAGUCUGUAGGAAACCUGGCACCAUCCCUACGGGGAAGCAUGGUGGUGGCAGCAUCAUGCUAUUGGGAAUGUUUUUCAGCGGCAGGGACUGGGAGACUAGUCAGGAUCGAGGGAAAUAUGAACAGAGCAAAGUACAGAGAGAUCCUUGAUGAAAACUUGCUCCAGAGCGCUCAGGAUCACCUUCCAACUGGACAACAACCCUAAGCACACAGCCAAGACAACACAGGAGUGGCUUCGGGACAAGUCUCUGAAAGUCAUUGAGUGGCCCAGCCAGAGCCCGGACUUGAACCCGAUCUAACAUCUCUGGAGAGACCUGAAAAUAGCUGUGCAGCAACACUCCCCAUCCAACCUGACAGAACUUGAAAGGAUCUGCCCAAAAGAAUGGGAGAAACUUCCCAAAUACAGGUGUGCCAAGGUUGUAGCGUCAUAACCAAGAAUACUUGAGGCUGUAAUCGCUGCCAAAGGUGCUUCAACAAAGUACUGAGUAAAGGGUCUGAAUACGUAUGUAAGAGGUCUGAAUACUUUCCAAUGCACUGUAUUAUUUAGAUACUGACUGUUAGCACUUGGUGGCCUAUAGCAACACCCCAAAAGAAAAGGCUUUAGAUGUGCCAAGUGAACCUGCAACCACAACACUUCAAUACCACUUGACAUAAGAUCUUCUCUAAGCAUUACAGGGAAAUGUCUCUGAAUAUACAGUGUGUGCAAAUGUAGCAAGUUAUGGAGGUAAGGCAAUAAAUAGGCCAUAGUGCAAAAUAAUUACAAUUAGUAUUAACACUGGAAUGAUAGAUGUGCAAGAGAUGAUGUGCAAAUAGAGAUACUGGGGUGCAAAAGAGCAAAAUAAAUAACAAUAUGGGGAUGAGGUAGUUGGGUGGGCUAAUUUCAGAUGGGCUGUGUACAGGUGCAGUGAUCGGUAAGGUGCUCUGACAACUGAUGCUUAAAGUUAGUGAGGGAGAUAAGAGUCUCCAGCUUCAGAGAUUUUUGCAAUUCGUUCCAGUCAUUGGCAGCAGAGAACUGGAAGGAAUGGCGGCAAAAGGAGGUGUUGGCUUUGGGGAUGACCAGUGAGAUAUACCUGCUGGAGCGCAGACUACGGGUGGGUGCUGCUAUGGUGACCAAUGAGCUAAGAUAAGGCGGGGAUUUGCCUAGUAGUGAUUUAUAGAUGGCCUGGAGCCAGUGGGUUUGACAACGAACAUGUAGUGAGGACCAGCCAACAAGAGCGUACAGGUCACAGUGGUGGGUAGUGUAUGGGGCUUUGGAGACAAAACGGAUGGCACUGUGAUAGACUACAUCCAAUUUGCUGAGUAGAGUGUUGGAGGCUAUUUUGUAAAUGACAUCGCCGAAGUCAAGGAUCGGUAGGAUAGUCCGUUUUACGAGGGCAUGUUUGGCGACAUGAGUGAAGGAGGCUUUGUUGCGAAAUAGGAAGCCGAUUCUAGAUUUAACUUUGGAUUGGAGAUUCUUAAUGUGAGUCUGGAAGGAGAGUUUACAAUAACCAGACACCUAGGUAUUUGUAGUUGUCCACAUACUCUAGGUCAGACCCGUCGAGAGUAGUGAUUCUAGUCGGGUGGGCGGGUGCCAGCAGCGUUCGAUUGAAGAGCAUGCAUUUAGUUUUACUAGUGUUUAAGAGCAGUUGGAGGCUACUGAAGGAGUGUUGUAUGGCAUUGAAGCUCGUUUGGAGGUUUGUUAACACAGUGUCCAAUGAAGGGCCAGAUGUAUACAAAAUGGUGUCGUCUGCGUAGAGGUGGAUCUGAGAGUCACCAGCAGCAAGAGCGACAUCAUUGAUAUACACGAGUCGGCCCAAGAAUUGAACCCUAUGGCACCCCCAAUUAGCCUGUCAUAGCGGAUGUAGGCAAUGUCCCCACACGCUCUGGCAGCUUUCAUGGCUGGGAUAAGUUAUUUCCUCUUCUAGCGCACAGCUUCAGGAUAGUCCUCGUUGAGGAAGAUGUACAUUCCUCUCAAGUUCAUGGCUCUUUCUAGAACAGCUACCUUGUCCUUGAACCUCAGGAACUUGACCACUAUCUGCCUGGGCCUGUCACCUGGGGCAGUGGUGGGUUUACCAGUCCUGUGGGCGCGCUCCACCUCAAUCUUUCUGCGGUCCAUCUUCAAUUUCUCCGAGAUCAUUUCCCUCACUUUGUCCUCAGACUCCGUCCAGGUCUCAUGUGGAGAUUCUGUAAUUCCGUCCACAACCAUGUUGUUCAGCCUUUAUUGUCCCUCGAGAUGUAUCCGUCAUUGUUAUCAUGGAUUCACACACAGAACUGAUGUCCUCUCUCAAUGACUUACAGAUUGCUGUCAUCUUGCCGUUCUCCUGUUUCAUCUCAUCGAGCUGACUCUGGGAGAACUCCAAACUGUUCUUCAGGUCCUAGACCUCUCUGGUCAGGUUGUCCAAUUCUUUUAUUAGUUGACUCCACCAGUAUUUGGGCAAAACACUUGAAGCAAUGUUCUUGUUGUUGUAACAACUGCUUGUAGAACUAUUUUUGUUUGUUUAGAAGAUCCUUCACGUGUGAUAGUGAGACACCACUGUCCUCAACGGUUCUCCCACCAGCUUUGGUCUUAGUCAUGGAAGCAACGUAGAUUACGCUGUUACUCCUCGCAGUUCCAGACAGGACAGGUCUCAGGGAAGAUUGAAAACAACAAACAGCAGGGAUCUAGACAGCCACAAACCCGGGACAAUCCACGGUCCCAGCCACAGUGGCUAACCGCGUUGCAGGCUGCAUUCAAGCCCUCAAGAAAAUCCUGCUAGCGUGAUAGGCAGCUAGCUAGCAGCAUUGCUAAAUAGCUCCUCAGACCCGGCCUUGGUCGGCAGGAUCCCUGGACAGAGACUAGCAGUCCCAGCAACUGAUGCCAACUGCGUCGCGGGAUCCAAACUAAAAAGUUAGCUAGCUACUAAGAAACUUUCGAAUACACUUUCAAAACAACAAACUGAGCUCUCCCUCGUUCAACAGGAAGUGACUAUGAGGAGCCUCCUAAUAUCUGGGGUAAUUUCUACUAAUUCAUAUAUAAAAUAUUCAGUCAGUUCAAGCAUAGCCAUUCUCCCCAUACACUCGCUACCAGACACAGUACAGAAUGAUUACAAAUGGAAUUUAGCAACGUGUAAUACAGAAGUCAACAUGUGUAUCAUGUUAUUCACAACUAGAAAAUAUGACGGGGCUAACAGUGACUUUGUUUAAUUAUGUAGCAUUAUUUCAAUCAGCACACAAAUAAUGAUAUAUUAAUAUUACCGCAUAAGAUUAUAUUUGUCACGAUCGUCUAACAGAGUGGACCAAGGCGCAGCGUUGCGGGUGAACAUAUUUAUAUUUAUUAACUAGAUCACACGAUCAAAACAAUGAACGAAACGUGAAGUCCUUCGAUACACAAACCAAAAGGAACAAGAAACCACAACACAAAGUGAAAAGACCGAUAGUUAAAUAUGGCUCCCAAUCAGAGACAACCAGCUGACACUCGUUGCCUCUGAUUGGGAGUCACUCAGGCCAACAUAGAUAUACAAAACAUAGCCUUACACACCCUGGCUCAACAUAACAUAGUCCCCAGAGCCAGGGCGUGACAGUACCCCCCCCCAAAGGCGCGGACUCCGGCCGCGCCAAACAACCACAACAGGGGAGGGACCGGGUGGGCACUCCGCCUCGGCGGCGGAUCCGGCUCCGGACAUGACCCAGGCACGGGUUGUGCUGGACUGACGACGCACACCCCUGGCUUGAUGCGUGGAGGAGGAACGGGCCGGACCGGGCUGACGAAGCGCACCCCUGACUUGGUGCGGGGAGCAGGAAUGAGCCGGACCGGGCUGACGACGCGCACCACUGACCUGGUGCGGGGAGCUUGGAUGGGCCGGACUGGGCUGGCGACGCGCACCACAGACUUGGUGCGGAGAGCAGGAACGGGCCGGACAGGGCUGACGAAACGCACCAUAGACUUGGUGCGGAGAGCAGGCACGGGCCGUGCCGGACUGACGACGCACACCACUGGCUUGGUGCGGGAAGCUUGGAUGGGCCGGACUGGGCUGGCGACGCGCACCACAGACUUGGUGCGGAGAGCAGGAACGGGCCGUGCCGGACUGACGACGCACACCACUGGCUUGGUGCGGGAAGCUUGGAUGGGCCGGACUGGGCUGGCGACGCGCACCACAGACUUGGUGCGGAGAGCAGGAAUGGGCCGGACCGGGCUGGCGACGCGCACCACUGACUUGGUACGGAGAGCAGGAACGGGCCGGACAGGGCUGACGACGCGCACCACAGGCUCGGUGCGAGAGGCAGGAACAGGCCGAACCGUACUGGGGACACACGCCACUGGCCCUAUGCAGGGAUCAGGAACGGGCCGGACCGGACUGGUAAUACACCCCAGUACCUCUCGCCGUGCCUCCACACUUUCCCUCUCCUCUGUGACCAGUGGCCCCCUUAACCUGGCGGCCUCCUCUUCACACCCGCUGGACCGCUCCAUCGCGGCCUCCUGCUGCCCCGUCGUCCACGUCGUGAGCCCCCCCCUAAAAAUUUUCUGGGGUUCUCUCCUCCCCGUGGACCAGGCCUCCCUAGCUCUCGCCAGACUCUCGAUCCAUUGCUUCAUAGACCAGCCUCUCUCCUCUUCACUUAGCGUGGCCCAGCCGAAACUCCUACUCCCCUGAUCCCAGGUCCUUCCUCUCUCCUCUUCAUGCUGCUUGGUCCUGUCUUGGUGGUUUCUUCUGUCACGAUCGUCUAACAGAGUGGACCAAGGCGCAGCGUUGCGGGUGAACAUAUUUAUAUUUAUUAACUAGAUCACACGAUCAAAACAAUGAACGAAACGUGAAGUCCUUCGAUACACAAACCAAAAGGAACAAGAAACCACAACACAAAGUGAAAAGACCGAUAGUUAAAUAUGGCUCCCAAUCAGAGACAACCAGCUGACACUCGUUGCCUCUGAUUGGGAGUCACUCAGGCCAACAUAGAUAUACAAAACAUAGACUUACAUACCCUGGCUCAACAUAACAUAGUCCCCAGAGCCAGGGCGUGACAAUAUUACUUUGUAUAGCACACAAAUGGUCUUCAAUUUUUUAUUUAACCUUUAUUUUAGCAGGGAGUCAUGCUGAGACCACGGUCUCUUUUGCAGAUGAGCAUCAACACGUAAAUAAACAACAAUUACACAAUACAUAUCUAUAUACACAUCAAUUAGACAAUACAUAUCUAUAUACACAUCAAUUAGACAAUACAUAUCUAUAUAGACAAUACAUAUCUAUAUACACAUCAAUUAGACAAUACAUAUCUAUAUACACAUCAAUUAGACAAUACAUAUCUACAUACACAUCAAUUAGACAAUACAUAUCUAUAUACACAUCAAUUAGACAAUACAUAUCUAUAUACACAUCAAUUAGACAAUAGAUGAAAAGCCAAUCAUAUGAAACAAACACAUUGUUCAGUAAAACUGCCUCUAACAUCCACCUGAAUUGAGCCACCAACUUUAAGGACUUUUGGAGAUUAAAGCAGAUUUACAAAUAAAUUCAACACCAUGACAAUUGAAUUGUUGUACAGUAACGAUUUAAUCUAACAUCCUUGUAAUACCAUCAUUGUAGGAGCCAGCCCAGGAACUUUGGACAUCAAAGGUUGAUUUUACAUUUUCAAAAUGGCCACUGAAAGAAGAAAAAACGAUAUAUAUCCGUCAUGAGGGUCAUUUCAGUUGUGAUUUACUUUCCGUUGUUAUUGCGGAAGGUUGUGUGUCACAGAUUGAUCUCCCCCUGGUAUGAGGACAACUGGGACUGCAUCCCAAGGGGCACCCUAUUCCCUAAGGGCCCUGGUCUAAAGUAGUGCACUACAUAGGGAAUAGGGUGCCAUUCCGCUAUGGGCCCUGGUCUAAAGUAGUGCACUAGAUAGGGAAUAGGGUGCCAUUUGGCUAUGGGCCCUGGUCUAAAGUAGUGCACUAGAUAGGGAAUAGGGUGCCAUUUGGCUAUGGGCCCUGGUCUAAAGUAGUGCACUAGAUAGGGAAUAGGGUGCCAUUUGGCUAUGGGCUCUGGUCUAAAGUAGUGCACUACAUAGGGAAUAGGGUGCCAUUUGGCUAUGGGCCCUGGUCUAAAGUAGUGCACUAGAUAGGGAAUAGGGUGCCAUUCGGCUAUGGGCCCUGGUCUAAAGUAGUGCACUAGAUAGGGAAUAGGGUGCCAUUUGGCUAUGGGCCCUGGUCUAAAGUAGUGCACUACAUAGGGAAUAGGGUGCCAUUUGGCUAUGGGCCCUGGUCUAAAGUAGUGCACUACAUAGGGAAUAGGGUGCCAUUUGGCUAUGGGCUCUGGUCUAAAGUAGUGCACUAUAUAGGGAAUAGGGUGCCAUUUGGCUAUGGGCCCUGGUCUAAAGUAGUGCACUAGAUAGGGAAUAGGGUGCCAUUUGGCUAUGGGCUCUGGUCUAAAGUAGUGCACUAUAUAGGGAAUAGGGUGCCAUUUGGCUAUGGGCUCUGGUCUAAAGUAGUGCACUAGAUAGGGAAUAGGGUGCAUCGCAGUGCUAACUGUGCCACUAGAGAUCCUGGUUCGAAUCCAGGCUCUGUCGCAGCCGGCCGCGACCGGGAGACUCAUGGGCGGCGCACAAUUGGCCCAGCGUCGUCCAGGGUAGGGGAGGGAAUGGCCGGCAGGGAUGUUGCUAGAGCAUGGCGUUUGCAACGCCAGGGUUGUGGGUUCGAUUCCCACGGGGGGCCAGUAUAAAAAGAUAUGUAUUCACUAACUGUAAGUCGCUCUGGAUAAGAGCGUCUGCUAAAUGACUAAAAUGUAAAUGUAAAUUUGGCUAUGGGCCCUGGUCUAAAGUAGUGCACUAGAUAGGGAAUAGGGUGCCAUUUGGCUAUGGGUCUGGUCUAAAGUAGUGCACUAGAUAGGGAAUAGGGUGCCAUUUGGCUAUGGGCUCUGGUCUAAAAUAGUGCACUAGAUAGGGAAUAGGGUGCCAUUUGGCUAUGGGCUCUGGUCUAAAGUAGUGCACUAUAUAGGGAAUAGGGUGCCAUUUGGCUAUGGGCCCUGGUCUAAAGUAGUGCACUAGAUAGGGAAUAGGGUGCCAUUUGGCUAUGGGCUCUGGUCUAAAGUAGUGCACUAUAUAGGGAAUAGGGUGCCAUUUGGCUAUGGGCUCUGGUCUAAAGUAGUGCACUAGAUAGGGAAUAGGGUGCCAUUUGGCUAUGGGCCCUGGUCUAAAGUAGUGCACUAGAUAGGGAAUAGGGUGCCAUUUGGCUAUGGGUCUGGUCUAAAGUAGUGCACUAGAUAGGGAAUAGGGUGCCAUUUGGCUAUGGGCUCUGGUCUAAAGUAGUGCACUAGAUAGGGAAUAGGGUGCCAUUUGGCUAUGGGCUCUGGUCUAAAGUAGUGCACUAGAUAGGGAAUAGGGUGCCAUUUGGCUAUGGGCUCUGGUCUAAAGUAGUGCACUAGAUAGGGAAUAGAGGGGCAUUUGGCUAUGGGCUCUGGUCUAAAGUAGUGCACAAGAUAGGGAAUAGGGUGCCAUUUGGCUAUGGGCUCUGGUCUAAAGUAGUGCACUAGAUAGGGAAUAGGGUGCCAUUUGGCUAUGGGCCCUGGUCUAAAGUAGUGCACUAGAUAGGGAAUAGGGUGCCAUUUGGCUAUGGGCCCUGGUCUAAAGUAGUGCACUAAAUAGGGAAUAGGGUGCCAUUUGGCUAUGGGCUCUGGUCUAAAGUAGUGCACUAGAUAGGGAAUAGGGUGCCAUUUGGCUAUGGGCUCUGGUCUAAAGUAGUGCACUAGAUAGGGAAUAGGGUGCCAUUUGGCUAUGGGCUCUGGUCUAAAGUAGUGCACUAGAUAGGGAAUAGGGUGCCAUUUGGCUAUGGGCUCUGGUCUAAAGUAGUGCACUAGAUAGGGAAUAGGGUGCCAUUUGGCUAUGGGCUCUGGUCUAAAGUAGUGCACUAGAUAGGGAAUAGGGUGCCAUUUGGCUAUGGGCUCUGGUCUAAAGUAGUGCACUAGAUAGGGAAUAGGGUGCCAUUUGGCUAUGGGCUCUGGUCUAAAGUAGUGCACUAGAUAGGGAAUAGGGUGCCAUUUGGCUAUGGGCCCUGGUCUAAAGUAGUGCACUAGAUAGGGAAUAGGGUGCCAUUUGGCUAUGGGCUCUGGUCUAAAGUAGUGCACUAGAUAGGGAAUAGGGUGCCAUUUGGCUAUGGGCUCUGGUCUAAAGUAGUGCACUAGAUAGGGAAUAGGAUGCCAUUUGGCUAUGGGCGCUGGUCUAAAGUAGUGCACUAGAUAGGGAAUAGGGUGCCAUUUGGCUAUGGGCUCUGGUCUAAAGUAGUGCACUAGAUAGGGAAUAGGGUGCCAUUUGGCUAUGGGCUCUGGUCUAAAGUAGUGCACUAGAUCGGGAAUAGGGUGCCAUUUGGCUAUGGGCCCUGGUCUAAAGUAGUGCACUAGAUAGGGAAUAGGGUGCCAUUUGGCUAUGGGCUCUGGUCUAAAGUAGUGCACUAGAUCGGGAAUAGGGUGCCAUUUGGCUAUGGGCUCUGGUCUAAAGUAGUGCACUAGAUAGGGAAUAGGGUGCCAUUUGGCUAUGGGCUCUGGUCUAAAGUAGUGCACUAGAUCGGGAAUAGGGUGCCAUUUGGCUAUGGGCCCUGGUCUAAAGUAGUGCACUAGAUAGGGAAUAGGGUGCCAUUUGGCUAUGGGCUCUGGUCUAAAGUAGUGCACUAGAUAGGGAAUAGGGUGCCAUUUGGCUAUGGGCUCUGGUCUAAAGUAGUGCACUAGAUAGGGAAUAGGGUGCCAUUUGGCUAUGGGCUCUGGUCUAAAGUAGUGCACUAGAUAGGGAAUAGGGUGCCAUUUGGCUAUGGGCUCUGGUCUAAAGUAGUGCACUAGAUAGGGAAUAGGGUGCCAUUUGGCUAUGGGCUCUGGUCUAAAGUAGUGCACUAGAUAGGGAAUAGGGUGCCAUUUGGCUAUGGGCCCUGGUCUAAAGUAGUGCACUAGAUAGGGAAUAGGGUGCCAUUUGGCUAUGGGCCCUGGUCUAAAGUAGUGCACUAGAUAGGGAAUAGGGUGCCAUUUGGGACUCAACAUAGAUAUUUAUCUUUCCUUGCGAUGGGGACAGGCAGUAGAGGGGGGGGUAUCAUAAUGACUAAAGACGCACAGUGUGAGAUAUUAUGGUAUGUUACGGCUAAGGAGACCCUGAUGGGCCUUAAAGAUCAGUGAUCCCCAUACACCCUGUUACAGCCUCGCUGGGCUGACGGGACCUAUAAAUUACAGACGGGAGAAGAGAGAGACGGUGUCUUUAUUAAAGGGAGGGGAGAGGAGAGGCUGUCCGAGCUGAAAGAUUACAUUGAUUUCUUCACAAUCUUUUAACCUAAUGGAGAUAUAGCAGUCAUAUUGCCUUUGGUGUCUGUAGUGCUUUGGCAAAGUGUUUUCUGUUUAAUCAGAAACAUGAUUUCAGAGUGUUGACCUUGUGUAUUCUGGAAAGCGAAUCAAUUGUAGGCCAGUGUAAGGCUAUGUGAUUCAGUGAUAAAUAACAAUACAUUUGUUCUUCCUCAUCAAAAUAUUUUGUAACUCCAAUAGCAGAAACCAUAAUUGUUGUGAGAUCUCUGGGGGGUGAUGAGAGAUGAUGCUGUAGAGCGGCUAUUUCAGAUCAACUCAUUCCAGAUGAAAAUAAGCGACUCUUUAAUUAUUAUUUGCUUUGUGACAAAAAUUAUUGUUCGCUUGCAGCCAUAGUACAGGAUUCAAACGUAUGUGGGAGGUUGUUGCCAAUUAAUGGCCUCACAGCAACCAUAAGCCAUACUAAGACCCAGUACAUAUUGCUCAUGUAUGAAGCUGGUAAGACCCAGUACUUCUUUAUCCUGUAUGAAUCUGGUAAGACCCAGUACAUAUUGCUCCUGUAUGAAUCUGGUAAGACCCAGUACUUCUUUAUCCUGUAUGAAUCUGGUAAGACCCAGUACAUAUUGUUCCUGUAUGAAUCUGGUAAGACCACUUGUGUAGCCAGUGUUACCAGUUUCCAGGGGGCUUUCAGCUGUCUUAAUGAAGCCUGUUUCUGUUGUUGAGACACAGCACACACCCAGGCUGUAAAAACACACUCCAAUACAUUAGUGAGAUUUAUCACUUCUUACGAGGGCUUUUCAUUUCAGUGGUUAUCUAUUGGUGUUCAGGGAGGGUUUUCCCGCUGAGCCGUGACCAACUGGUUUUCCAGGCUGGUGAUGGAUGAUAUCCUGGCCGGGGGUCUCUGUAUUGAGAGGUAAGAUGUCUAUAUCCUGUAAUACAGGACUGUUUUUACUGUAAAGAAAACCCCCCAGAGCACUGCACACUCAGCAGUGAUUCUCAGUUACAGUAUACUGUAAUGUAAACUACUGUUAUAGAAUAACUGUUAUGUUGCCCCUGUGGAUUUACAAUAUUUUAGAGCGUCGUGGAGCUUGAAGCCAGGCCAACACCCCACAUGUUCGUCUUUGUGGAUGAGGCUGGUUUUUAACAUGGCCAAAACACGCCGACGUGGAAGGAAUGUGACUGGGAAAAGAGCAACAGUGAAUGUCCCGGGCCGGAGUGUGCCGCAAUAUCCUCUGAAGGAUCUGCUGUUACAUAAACCACUAAUUGGGCCAUAUAACACCUUCAUUCAUGGAUGACCUCUAUGGAAGGCUUUCGCCAGGUGAAGAGAGAGGGCAAGUCAGAAUAAAUAUGGAAACCUGGGUGAUUGUAUGGGACAAUGUGGCAUUUCACCAUGCAGUCACAGAGUGGUUUGCAGCCCAUCCCAGGAUGGUGUCACUUUUCCUCCCCCCCCUUACUCUCCCUUCCUCAACCCCAUAGAAUAAUGAUUUUCCUCAUGGAGGUGGAAAGUUUAUGACCACCAUCCACAUGAUCAAAUGUCACUGUUGGAUGCAAUGAAUGCCUGGAUAUCUCUGCAGAAGAUUGCCAGGGAUGGAUCGGGCGUGCAAAGAGAUUCUUUCCCAGGUGUGUUGCGCGAGAGGCCACACGGUGUGAUGUGGACGAGAACUUGUGUCCCAAUGCAGCAGACGGGGUUGACUAGCAUUGUUAUGUAUCUGUUUCAUUUGGACAAUAUGCUAUGAAUAUUCAUAGUGUGUGUACACUUUUUGUUUGUUUAACAGUGCCGGAAUUAUUUAUUUUUGUGUAUUUUGGAAUUACUCUGCAAAAAGCUAAAUACAGUAAUUUGCAAAAAUACAGUAAAUUGUAUUGAAGCAUAUUGCAGCCUUUCUGCUUUGUUUCUUUACAUAUCUUGCAGGACAUUCUAUACAGUACAGGUUUGCCAGUCUUCUUUUGUAAAAAUGACUGCUGGUUCAUCUAAAAAUAUAUAAUAUUAAAGACAAAUUGACACAUUUUCAAGUGGUAUAUGUUUUUAGAGUUUUGUAGGUAAUGAUCCUAUGGAUGACACAGUGUGCAUGUUGUGAGAGACUGUUAGCUUUCAUUUGGUAGAAAGAUUUGCUUUUGAGACAUGUAGGAUGUGCAUUGCCAAGUUGCAUGUUGUUUUGAUAACUGUAUUUAGAGUUUUGAACAUGUAUCCGCUAUAUUGAACAAUGCUUGUUAGCAAUCGAAAAAAAACUGUAAUACGUUGACAAAUUAAUCCAUAAGCUUAUACUCGGCUUCCAGAUUUCCUCUGCUUCCAGUUCCAAAUAGUGUUUUGGCUGAUACAUUUGCAUUAUUGCAAACAUUGACAUUAUUUCCCCGGUUGAAACCAAAGUAAAUCUCACAGGUAGAACCCAGUAGAUGUGUUGCUGGCACCAGAGCAGGUUGGCAUCCAGCCAGCUUAUUCUCCUCUGUUGUUGCCUUGUGUAUUCACUCCAUGCUGUUUGCUGUAAAGCCCUCACAUGAUGCAUACGUAACAACAUUUCAGUGGGAAUUCAAUCGUUUAUUUUGUGUUUGGUUGUUGAUUUGAUCUUGUUAAAUUCAAAGCCUUGUUUGGGGAGCUGUGAUAGUGUGUUGUCUGACGUGUUUGGGGAGGUCUGACGUGUUUGGGGAGCUGUGAUAGUGUGUUGUCUGACGUGUUUGGGGAGCUGUGAUAGUGUGUUGUCUGACGUGUUUGGGGAGCUGUGAUAGUGUGUUGUCUGACGUGUUUGGGGAGCUGUGAUAGUGUGUUGUCUGACGUGUUUGGGGAGCUGUGAUAGUGUGUUGUCUGACGUGUUUGGGGAGCUGUGAUAGUGUGUUGUCUGACGUGUUUAGGGAGCUGUGAUAGUGUGUUGUCUGAUGUGUUUGGGGAGCUGUGAUACUGUGUUGUCUGACGUGUUUGGGGAGCUGUGAUAGUGUGUUGUCUGACGUGUUUGGGGAGCUGUGAUAGUGUGUUGUCUGACGUGUUUAGGGAGCUGUGAUAGUGUGUUGUGUCUAACGUGUGAGCAGUCUUUUCAUCCGAAAGCAUUAGGGGUGUAACCGUUCACCAAACCCACGGUUCGGUACGUAUUGCGGUUUUGUGGUCACAUUUUGGUACAGCGGGAAAAUGAAACGCUAACAGUUACUGUAGUUAUUAUUUAUUUAUUUGGGAAAAGACGCAAGCAAGUUAAAAGCACCCUAUUGGUGGCCCAAGUCCAGCUUCUGUGACAGCCUUCACAGUGUUCCUGUCUGUGGUGACAGCCUUCACAGUGUUCCUGUCUGUGGUGACAGUCUUCACAGUGUUCCUGUCUGUUGUGACAGCCUUCACAGUGUUCCUGUCUGUUGUGACAGCCUUAACAGUGUUCCUGUCUGUUGUGACAGCCUUCACAGUGUUCCUGUCUGUUGUGACAGCCUUCACAGUGUUCCUGUCUGUUGUGACAGCCUUCACAGUGUUCCUGUCUGUGGUGACAGCCUUCACAGUGUUCCUGUCUGUGUUGACAGCCUUCACAGUGUUCCUGUCUGUGGUGACAGCCUUCACAGUGUUCCUGUCUGUUGUGGCAGCCUUCACAGUGUUCCUGUCUGUUGUGACAGCCUUCACAGUGUUCCUGUCUGUUGUGGCAGCCUUCACAGUGUUCCUGUCUGUUGUGACAGCCUUCACAGUGUUCCUGUCUGUUGUGACAGCCUUCACAGUGUUCCUGUCUGUGGUGACAGCCUUCACAGUGUUCCUGUCUGUGUUGACAGCCUUCACAGUGUUCCUGUCUGUGGUGACAGCCUUCACAGUGUUCCUGUCUGUUGUGGCAGCCUUCACAGUGUUCCUGUCUGUUGUGACAGCCUUCACAGUGUUCCUGUCUGUUGUGGCAGCCUUCACAGUGUUCCUGUCUGUUGUGACAGCCUUCACAGUGUUCCUGUCUGUUGUGGCAGCCUUCACAGUGUUCCUAUCUGUGGUGACAGCCUUCACAGUGUUCCUGUCUGUGGUGACAGCCUUCACAGUGUUCCUGUCUGUUGUGACAGCCUUCACAGUGUUCCUGUCUGUUGUGACAGCCUUCACAGUGUUCCUGUCUGUUGUGACAGCCUUUACAGUGUUCCUGUCUGUUGUGACAGCCUUCACAGUGUUCCUGUCUGUGGUGGCAGCCUUCACAGUGUUCCUGUCUGUUGUGACAGCCUUCACAGUGUUCCUGUCUGUUGUGACAGCCUUCACAGUGUUCCUGUCUGUUGUGACAGCCUUCACAGUGUUCCUGUCUGUGGUGACAGCCUUCACAGUGUUCCUGUCUGUGGUGACAGCCUUCACAGUGUUCCUGUCUGUGGUGACAGCCUUCACAGUGUUCCUGUCUGUUGUGGCAGCCUUCACAGUGUUCCUGUCUGUUGUGACAGCCUUCACAUUGUUCCUGUCUGUUGUGACAGCCUUCACAGUGUUCCUGUCUGUUGUGACAGCCUUCACAGUGUUCCUGUCUGUUGUGAAAGCCUUCACAGUGUUCCUGUCUGUGGUGACAGCCUUCACAGUGUUCGUGUCUGUGGUGACAGCCUUCACAGUGUUCCUGUCUGUUGUGACAGCCUUCACAGUGUUCCUGUCUGUGGUGACAGCCUUCACAGUGUUCCUGUCUGUUGUGACAGCCUACACAGUGUUCCUGUCUGUGGUGAUAGCCUUCACAGUGUUCCUGUCUGUUGUGGCAGCCUUCACAGUGUUCCUGUCUGUGGUGACAGCCUUCACAGUGUUCCUGUCUGUGGUGACAGCCUUCACAGUGUUCCUGUCUGUUGUGACAGCCUUCACAGUGUUCCUGUCUGUUGUGACAGCCUUCACAAUGUUCCUGUCUGUUGUGACAGCCUUCACAGUGUUCCUGUCUGUGGUGACAGCCUUCACAGUGUUCCUGUCUGUUGUGACAGCCUUCACAGUGUUCCUGUCUGUUGUGGUGAAAGCCUUCACAGUGCUCCUGUCUGUUGUGACAGCCUUCACAGUGUUCCUGUCUGUGGUGACAGCCUUCACAGUGUUCCUGUCUGUGGUGACAGCCUUCACAGUGUUCCUGUCUUUAGUGACAGCCUUCACAGUGUUCCUGUCUGUUGUGACAGCCUUCACAGUGUUCCUGUCUGUUGUGGCAUUCUUCACAGUGUUCCUGUCUGUUGUGACAGCCUUCACAGUGUUCCUGUCUGUUGUGGCAGCCUUCACAGUGUUCCUGUCUGUUGUGACAGCCUUCACAGUGUUCCUGUCUGAUGUGACAGCCUUCACAGUGUUCCUGUCUGUUGUGGCAGCCUUUACAGUGUUCCUGUCUGUUUUGACAGCCUUCACAGUGUUCCUGUCUGUUGUGACAGCCUUCACAGUGUUCCUGUUUGUUGUGAGAGCCUUCACAGUGUUCCUGUCUGUUGUGACAGCCUUCACAGUGUUCCUGUCUGUGGUGACAGCCUUCACAGUUUCAUGUCUGUUGUGACAGCCUUCACAGUGUUCCUGUCUGUUGUGACAGCCUUCACAGUGUUCCUGUCUGUUGUGACAGCCUUCACAGUGUUCCUGUCUGUUGUGGCAGCCUUCACAGUGUUUCUGUCUGUUGUGACAGCCUUCACAGUGUUCCUGUCUGUUGUGACAGACUUCACAGUGUUCCUGUCUGUGGUGACAGCCUUCACAGUGUUCCUGUCUGCUGUGGCAGCCUUCACAGUGUUCCUAUCUGUUGUGACAGCCUUCACAGUGUUCCUGUCUGUGGUGACAGCCUUCACAGUGUUCCUGUCUGUUGUGACAGCCUUCACAGUGUUCCUGUCUGUUGUGACAGCCUUCACAAUGUUCCUGUCUGUUGUGACAGCCUUCACAGUGUUCCUGUCUGUGGUGACAGCCUUCACAGUGUUCCUGUCUGUUGUGACAGCCUUCACAGUGUUCCUGUCUGUGGUGACAGCCUUCACAGUGUUCCUGUCUGUUGUGAUAGCCGUCACAGUGUUCCUGUCUGUUGUGACAGCCUUCACAGUGUUCCUGUCUUUGGUGACAGCCUUCACAGUGUUCCUGUCUGUUGUGGCAGCCUUCACAGUGUUCCUGUCUGUUGUGACAGCCUUCACAGUGUUACUGUCUGUUGUGGCAGCCUUCAAAGUGUUCCUGUCUGUUGUGACAGCCUUCACAGUGUUCCUGUCUGUUGUGACAGCCUUCACAGUGUUCCUGUCUGUGGUGACAGCCUUCACAGUGUUCCUGUCUGUGGUGACAGCCUUCACAGUGUUCCUGUCUGUUGUGACAGCCUUCACAGUGUUCCUGUCUGUUGUGACAGCCUUCACAGUGUUCCUGUCUGUGGUGACAGCCUUCACAGUGUUCCUGUCUGUUGUGGCAGCCUUCACAGUGUUCCUGUCUGUUGUGACAGCCUUCACAGUGUUCCUGUCUGUUGUGACAGACUUCACAGUGUUCCUGUCUGUGGUGACAGCCUUCACAGUGUUCCUGUCUGCUGUGGCAGCCUUCACAGUGUUCCUAUCUGUUGUGACAGCCUUCACAGUGUUCCUGUCUGUGGUGACAGCCUUCACAGUGUUCCUGUCUGUUGUGACAGCCUUCACAGUGUUCCUGUCUGUGGUGACAGCCUUCACAGUGUUCCUGUCUGUUGUGAUAGCCUUCACAGUGUUCCUGUCUGUUGUGACAGCCUUCACAGUGUUCCUGUCUGUUGUGACAGCCUUCACAGUGUUCCUGUCUGUGGUGACAGCCUUCACAGUGUUCCUGUCUGUUGUGACAGCCUUCACAGUGUUACUGUCUGUGGUGACAGGGAUUGUUAUGUUGGGCCUCAAGUAGAGGUCUUCACAGGUCCAAAACAUUUUAAUCCAAUUAUUUUAUAAAUACACUAGAUGGAAGCUAGGGGGCGCUGUGUUGAAGCCACCGAUCCUCCAUCUUAGCACUUCCCCACCAUUGUAAAAAAUAUUUUGGAAGCCAUAGAAAUGCAUUUAUCAAAUAAAAUUGUAUUUGUCACACGCGCCGAAUACAACAGGUGACAAUACAACCUUACCGUGAAAUGCUUGCUUACGAGCCCUUAACCAACAAUGCAUUUUUUUUUUAAAGUAAGAAAAUAAUUUUUUUAAAUAUACAAAAUAAAAAAUAAAAAAGUAACACAAUAAAAUAACAAUAAUGAGGCUAUACUCUAUACAGGGGACACACUCCACGAGUGUAUUUCAUACCGAACCCCUCCCUUGAGAUGACGUAGAUUUCAUUGGUAGUGUUGAACCACUAGCGGCAAAAAGAGCUAGAUUUAAAAUACUAAAAUACGAAAUAUAUCACUUUUGCAACAAACUGUCAAAAUGAAGACCAGAAUGGCGUGUUUCUCUAUAACUAAGUCUAAAACAUCUGGUUUUCAAUUUGAAAAAACCAAAACAUUAAAGUUACUCUAAGUAGCAACCUGGCCCUAUCCCAAGCGGAAAAAUAUUUAAUAUUUCAAUAUACUUAAAUCAUACUUAAUUAUCAAGUAUAUUUAAUGCACUUAAUGUCCAUUUUAUUUGUUUUUUAUUAGCAUUUAAGUAUAUUAAAUACAUUUCAAGUUAUCUAAAUUAAGUUAAUUCUUUGUAUAUUAGAUAAAGAGCAAAAUAAAUAUACUUUGAAUACACCUUAACUACAUUUGAUGUAUAUUAGAAAUAUACUAGAAAUGGUAUUUGAAUUAAAAUUCCUGUAUUUUCUUUACAAAUAAGUGUAUUUAUAAUGUGUUUCAAGUAUACUUUAAUAAAUACACUUCUACUUGUUAACCACAUUAGCUAUUGUAAUUAGCUAUGUAAAGGUUACCUUUUAUUGACCAACGCAUCUUCUUAGCCAAUGUUAACAUGCUAUUUACAAAGCAGUUGUGCCUGGAGCAGCAUUUAUCAAGUAACACUUCUGAGAACUGUGGCAUUUCACCUUCCAACAGGACAACAAACCUAAGCACACAGCCAAGACAAGUCUCUGAAUGUCCUUGAGUGGCCCAGCCAGAGCCCGGACUUGAACCCGAUCGAACAUCUCUGGAGCGACGCUCCCCAUCCAACCUGACAGAGCUUGAGAGGAUCUGCAGAGAAGAAUGGGAGAAACUCCCCAAAUACAGGUGUGCCAAGCUUGUAGCGUCAUACCCAAGAAGACUCAAGGCUGUAAUUGCUGCCAAAGGUGCUUCAACAAAGUACUGAGUAAAGGGUCUGAAUACUUAUGUAAAUAGAAUAUUUCCGUUUUUUAUUUUUAAUACAUUUGCAAAAUGUUCUAAAACCUGUACUUGCUUUGUCAUUAUGGGGUAUUGUGUGUAGAUUGAUGAGAAAAACAACAACAAUUGAAUCAAUUUUAGAAUAAGGCUGUAAUGUAAUAAAAUGUGGAAAAAUGUAAAUGGUCUGAAUACUUUCCGAAUGCAGUGUAUGUGAUCGUAUAUACAAACGUAAGCAAGGUUUGAAAUGAUUAUCUUAGUCAAACGUUAUAUAUCUGUUUGGGCUUCUUGCCAAAAGUCUACAAAUGAUUAGUAAUUAUGUUCUGGUCCCCUGACUAUCCGCUCAAGCUGAACCCAGUGGAUGAUCUGUAGUGGCUCGUACCAUCUCCUCUCUGUAGGUUGAAAGAACAGCUGGCUUUUGUUACCAAACUCUAGGGGAAUAAUAUUAUCUUUCUAACACUAGACGCAAUAUUUUAUUUUAUAUUUUUGUACUGUCUUUUAACGAAGCCAUUCCUAAUUGCACAGUGUGAAAGGCACGUGAGGAUGAGUGCUUUCUUUUGGUCAUCAUUAUAUCUCCGUGAGCGACUGUUGCUAGGCGUUGAACAGGUGAAUUUCCUCUAGUUCCUCUGCAGGUGAUUCAUGACAUUGUUCAGUUUCACCUUCAAGGUCACGUUGGUCUCAGGGUCAAACGCAUUUCAGUUCAGUUGAUUCAGGAAGAAAACUGAAAUUCUAAAUGCAAUUUCCCCCAUUUGCUUUUCAAACCCUGAUGGAUUGGUUUACUAGUGUAGAAUAACACAUAUUUAUUGAUUCAAUGAAAAUUGAAGGCGUGGCUAUGAAAGAAAUGGCGCAAAAGGUAGUGAUUGUAUUACUUCAACUGUAAUAAAACAACUUAAUUUACAUUUCUGGUUGCAGGGCUGGUUACUGGGCAGUGUUGUGCUGGGGCAAUAUCAAGGUUGUGCUGUUUCCAACUGGGACGUAGUCUAAUCAGAUCUUUGUCUGCUGUUUUAUUGCAAAGUUAUUGCUGUUAGUAGAGAAAGGCUUAUCCCGUCACAGAUAUCGCUUUCUGCCUGAUCUCCUGUGUGUGGAGGAUUUUGACCUUAAAGUCAUAAAGCUUUAUUUUCUCAUGGUUAAAGAAGAGGGCUUUUGAUUUCAAGGUGAUUCAUUUAUCACUUCAAAGCCUGUUAAUGGCGCCUAUUCCAAUGUGAUGAAAAUAGAUAAGAUCUGAGUCCCAAAUGGCACCCUAUUCCCUAUCUAGUGCACUACUUUAGACCAGGACCCAUAGCCAAAUGGCACCCUAUUCCCUAUCUAGUGCACUACUUUAGACCAGAGCCCAUAGCCAAAUGGCACCCUAUUCCCUAUCUAGUGCACUACUUUAGACCAGAGCCCAUAGCCAAAUGGCACCCUAUUCCCUAUCUAGUGCACUACUUUAGACCAGAGCCCAUAGCCAAAUGGCACCCUAUUCCCCUAUCUAGUGCACUGCUUUAGACCAGGGCAUUUGGGAUGAAGCGAAGAUAUUUAUGACUUCCACAUUUAUGACAGCAAUGAGCCCAAAUGCAUGUCACAGAUAUGGCUCUGCCCCAAACAAGUCUCACGUGUCACGUGUGAGUAAAGAGAGUUCUUUACAAAGCGGUCAUUUGAUUUGUUAGACUAUAAGAUCUGCUAUUCUAAUUUAGUUCAGUGGUUGACUAAGUAGCAGGAUAAAUUGCUGCUUUGAAGCCAGAGGAAUGGGCAUUGGUCACCAUGAUGUUUGUACAAAUCAGAUCAGUACAAAGUACUGGUCUGUUUUAUCUGGUUGUUCUGUAGAGAUGGAGAGUGUCCCACCGUCAGUCUGUUCAUCUGGCUGAUCUAUAGAGACAGGACCGGCUCUGGCUGAUCUAUAGAGACAGGACCGGCUCUGGCUGAUCUAUAGAGACAGGACCGGCUCUGGCUGAUCUAUAGAGACAGGACCGGCUCUGGCUGAUCUAUAGAGACAGGACCGGCUCUGGCUGAUCUAUAGAGACAGGACCGGCUCUGGCUGAUCUAUAGAGACAGGACCGGCUCGGGCUGAUCUAUAGAGACAGGACCGGCUCUGGCUGAUCUAUAGAGACAGGACCGGCUCUGGCUGAUCUAUAGAGACAGGACCGGCUCUGGCUGAUCUAUAGAGACAGGACCGGCUCUGGCUGAUCUAUAGAGACAGGACCGGCUCGGGCUGAUCUAUAGAGACAGGACCAACUCUGGCUGAUCUAUAGAGACAGGACCGGCUCUGGCUGAUCUAUAGAGACAGGACCGGCUCUGGCUGAUCUGUAGAGACAGGACCGGCUCUGGCUGAUCUAUAGAGACAGGACCGGUUCGGGCCUUUUGGGGACCCUAAGAGAAAUGUGGCUGUGUUAGGUACAGUGGGGAGAACAAGUAUUUGAUACGCUGCCGAUUUUGCAGGUUUUCCUACUUACAAAGCAUGUAGAGGUCUGUCAUUUUUAUCAUAGGUACACUUCAACUGUGAGAGACGGAAUCUAAAACAAAAAUCAAAAAAAUCACAUUAUAUGAUUUUUAAGUCAUUGCAGUAUACUUCCAUUAAUGUUUUCAUCUGGUACCGGGGACCUUCGGGAGGGGGUGAGAGGGAGGGGGAGGAGGGGGAGGAGGGGAGUGGGGGUGAUGAAUGGAGGGGGAUAGGGGAGGUGAGUAUGGAGGGGGAGGCCGGUGUUAGAUGGAUGUGGAUGUGAGAGGGAGGAUGUAUUUAUAUGGUGCGGUUAGCGAUGCGUGUGAUUAUGGUUUUUAUACUGGAGGGGGCGGAGUGGUUCGCUUGUGUGGGCAGGUGCUCGUGUCUUUUUCGUUCUUUUUCUUUCUGCUUUUUUUUUUGUCACUUCUGUUCGGAGUCUCUUCCUUGCGUUUCUUUGGGGGAUCUGACUAACAGAGCCCAGAGAUACCGCUGUCAUGUCAGAGAUAUCCUCCUUAUUGGGACUAAUUGUGAUGAUGGGAGUGUGGAGGGGGAGCAAUCGUUGCCUUUCAGUGUGUAAAGUGGUGUUCUAAUGAAAGACAGUUUAUCUGUGUUGUUGUACACUGCAUUAUCUCCUGGUUUGUUAAGUGCUCCAUGACCUCCGUUCUCUACAUUACCUUGGAGAUAAUGAACGACGCAGCCGCCGAGCCACUUUACCACAAUUACCAAAGAAAACAAUACUAA